GGCACCAGCCACAUCUGGUGGGGACCGCUGGAGCAUCUUGCUCUCUCCGCCUCCACAGGUUUGUGUGUGACUGGCGAUGACUCAAUGUAAUACAGUGCAAACUGAGACUGCGAGACCCUCCCCUGUAGUUUCCACUUGCUGUUUCCCAGCCACUGCAACUGGAAGCCUAGAGAGAACAGAGGAGAGCAGCUGCUGGAUCGAUGGAGAAGAAGAAGGGAUCUUCUCGUCAGUACGGUUCACUGGAGCUCACUGAAUGGAGCAAAGACACCAACAAACCAGAGGACGAUGUGGUGUCCAUGGCGGACUCCACCAUCACCGUGGACGACAUUGAGGGGGAGCUUUUUAAGAUUGAGAGGAUCAGGGACGUCCUGGUCAGGAGGGAGUCAGAGCUUAGAUACAUGAUGGAUGACAUUCAGCUGUGCAAGGAGAUCACUCGUCUCAAGAAAGAGCUGCAGAAAUUAGUGUCCAUACCAGAUAAUGACAAGUCAAACGAGGACCGGCAGAAGGAAGAAGAACUACUGCAGCAGAUCCACAAGCUGGUCGAGACCAGAGAUUUCCUGGUGGACGAUGUGGAGUUUGAACGACUCAGGGAGAAAGAAGAGGAUAAAGAAAUGGCAGAUUUUCUGCAGUCCAAAUUCCCAAGAAAUAUGAAGAAGAAAGGUGUACCAACCAGACGGGCUCCAUCCAGGGCUCAGCAGGCAUCUUCUCCCUUCGCCAAGACAGGCCUCACUCUGCUAAAGGAGUGUUGUGGCUUCACAUGCUCCAUCAUGUAGACUGGAGUCGAAAUGGAGGGCCCCACUGCAGGGUUGACACAGGGGCCACAAAUCAAAAUUGGCCAAUCCACAAGAGUCAAUAUUUCCAGUUUCAGCUUUUCAGUCCGAGAAAGACUUUGAAGCAUGGAUGGAGUAGUACAGAUGCAAGUUGAGAAUUCCCCAGAGGGAGUGCAAAGUAUGUUGCAAAGAUCAUGUGGUGUGUUUCCCAUGCCAAGACCCAAGUUUGUCUUGGGUUGGAUCUGUUUGUCUCUUUCAUUGGAUUUUAUAUCUUGUUUUGUUUUCAUGCUGUCUCUGCUCUCCACGUCUCUCAACCCACUCCCGUUUUCAUUUUUACUCUUGUUAAUCAUAACUGCUCAGCAAACUUCUUGUGAUCAUCAGCUUCCAAAAGGAACAACCAGACACAUAGUUUUUAUUUCUCUUUUUCAGGCCGAGAGGACAGGGUUUGAAGGACAGAAACAGCAUAGCACAAGUCAGGCAUGUAUUGUGAACACACUAAUUGGAUUCAACUACC